AUCGACAAAAAGGCUAUUCAAUGAGGGCUUAUUGCACUUGCCCCACUUCCCCACCCCCACUUCAUAUAGAUCCCAAAGCAUUUACGUCCGGAACGUGUAGUGAACAAGUAAAGCUUAGCUAUGAACGUCGUUAACGAAGACCUUACGCUUCCUGCACUGUUCAAUGUAGAGGGAAAGAUUGCUGUUGUAACCGGCGGUGCGUCGGGCAUCGGUGCAAUGAUUGCCUCUGCCUUUGUCCAGAAUGGAGCAACGGUGUACAUUGCCUCACGAAAAGAGAAGGCACUAAAGGAGUUCUCAGACGCUCUGAAUCGAAGAGGUCCUGGGAAAUGUUAUUACGUGGUCGCAGACCUCGGUUCCAAAGCAGGUUGUGAUAAACUAGCUGACGCCAUUAAGGCGAACGAGUCCAAGAUACACAUUCUGGUGAACAACUCGGGGAAUACAUGGGGUGCACCUUACGAAAAUGUACCCGAGAAAGAAGGGUGGGAUCGAAUCAUGAACCUCAACGUCAAGAGCGUAUUCUAUCUCACAGUAGCCUUGACACCCUUACUCGCCAAAGAUGCAACCAACGUGGAUCCGGGUCGUGUUAUCAAUGUCUCCUCAGUCGCUUCUGUUAUGUCGAAUUCACUGGACAGUACUUUAGCUGCUGAGGGCCACGGUCUUUGGAGUUACAACACUAGCAAAGCCGCCGUCAACCACCUGACUACUCAGUUGGCUGCCACAUUGGCACCGAAGCUCAUUACAGUCAAUGCUAUACUACCAGGCGUUUUCCCGUCCAGGAUGACAAGCUUUGGGUACAAAACACAAAGGGAUCGUAUGGACGCAAGUCAACCGAUGAGUAGGACAGGAACUGCUCAAGACAUGGCAGGAGUUGUUCUCUUCCUUGCAAGUAAAGCAGCCGCUCAUAUGUCUGGGGCAAAGAUCCUUCUCGAUGGUGGCUUAGUUGCAUCACUGACACGUCCCAAGUUGUGAUCAUUCGUCAAGUCCGUAUAAACUGAUACUACCUCUCAAGUGCACGAUGUACAAAAUAUAUGUUUAGUACCCAUUUUCACGCCUACAAAGUGUGCAACGUGGAAAGUUUCGUCCGAAAUGUCGUUCCCGAGAAGAUACAAAUCCAGAGACGUUACAUUGACUAAUAACC